UCCCUGCGUAUGAAAACAGCCUUUCAACAGGAGCCGAUGACGGAAGUAUGUGUUGUAUUUUAUAAAUAACUUUUUGAUGUUAGGAAAUUGAUCCAACAUUGACAAAUUUGUAAGUGGACUCUGAAGAUAUUGAAGGGCUUCAAGCUGUAACCCAUUAUUUAAAUCUGAAGAGCCAGGGCUGUCUGUAGAAGAAUCGUCGAACAAACAAUAUUUGUCAUCAAGCACGUUCAUUUCUUUAUUUUUGCCGUUGUCUUCAUUCUCAGCUGCAGUUAUUACUCUUAAUUCAUUUAGUAGCAAGUCUUUGAAUUGAGUUUUAUAUUCACUCGGUGCCCAACGUAAUUUAAAAAGGGGAUGAGUCAUUGUAGCACGUUUUGUGCAAGGAAGCGUUUUGAUACACUUCUUUACCACAUAUCACCAUUUUUAGUUUCUUUCCACAGAUCACAUUUGCAGGUAAACCAGAAAAACUUUGAAUCGAAUCUAUACUACGUUAUUUUAAAUAGAAAAUAGUUAUACUGAUUUAUUUAAAAUAGAAAAUAGAAAAUGAUUUUAUCUACAGUAUUUAAAAUACAAAAUAUAAAAUGGCAUUUUCUAUUUUAAAUACGUAUUUCAAAUAAAUUCAUUCGAAAUAGGUACCCACCUCUGUUGGCGAGAAGUGUGUGCCCCUGCCUUUAAGUCCCGUUAAUUUAUGACAUUAGGUUUCCUUUCAUUAUCGUGGCUAAAUGGGCAUUGAUCCCGAGAAAAGCCAAAAAAAAAUAAAAAAUCGGUUUAAUCGUUUAGCCGGCGCACUAACGUGCGAGUGGUAAAAAACGAGUAACAGCGUUAAAAGUUUUAGGCACUUCUGCCACUGCCACUGUUCGCAUUUACGAAUGCUACGCCACUGGUCUCAUUAUGUGGCAGGUGGUAACACUGCUUCCAUAUUCUUCCCAGAACCAACAUAUAACGCUAGCCUGAGAUCUAUUAGCGAAAUCCAUUGGUGAAAAAAUGCGCACCGAGUGCAAAUUUUUAUAAACCAUUGGUCAUUAUAGUGCAAGUAUUCGUAUUCCAUUGGUAAACUGGUGUCGCAUUUGUUGCAUUUAGUGCAAAAAGUUCCGCACGAGGUCUUGAGCAGGUGCGGCACUGGAAUUGAUCAGCUGUUUUUUGUUGUGUUUAUUUCGAGGGUUUAUUUGAAAAUGGCCACAAGCAAAGAGGCAAAGGCGGUUUUAUGUUUAGCCAUUUUAUCUAGCAGCAGCAGUAGUAGUGAGGAUGAGGAGUUUGUUGCCUUGUUAAAGGAGAGAGUGAAGUUACCAAAAAUUAAAAACUUUGUGGAUGAAGUACUUAAUAAAUUAAGCGACGAUCAGUUUCAGAAAUACUUUCGAUUACAAAGAACAACAGUGCAGUUAUUAAUUAACAAAUUUCAAAACUCGAAAUAUUUCCCGAAAAAUGAUGGACAUGGUGGUCGGGUACCUAUACCUGCAGAAGUGCAUACAUAUGCAUUUUUAUGGUUCGCUGGCAAUAAAUGCACAACUAAAGAUGUUGGACAAAGGUUCAAUAUAACUGAAUCAUCGUUUCACAGAGUGAUGGACCGGUUUAUGGGAUUUCUGUUAGAAUUGGGCCCAGACAUUAUAAAAAUGCCAAAGUCUGCUCUAGAAUUGGAACAAAUAGAAAAAGAAUUCAGAAAGGUAGCUGGAUUUCCAGGUGUCGUGGGAUGUAUUGAUGGAACGUCAAUCACGAUUAGAACGCCUGCUCACAAGAUAAAAUCAACUUAUGUUAACAGACAUGACAUACCAUCCCUAACACUACAAGGCAUAUGUGACUACAAGCGUAGAUUUAUAGAUGUCUUUACAGGCAUACCGGGAGAUGGAGCAUACUUCAUAAGACCAUGGCUUUUAACUCCAUAUAAAGAUUAUGGAAAGCUAACACCUGACCAAGUUAACUAUAAUAAGAAGUUCUGUGCUACUCGUGUCUUAAUUGAAAACACUUUUGGCAUUUUAAAAAGCAGAUUUCGCCAAUUAACCAGAUUGGAUAUGAAAUCUGUUGUAACUGCAACAAAGUUUAUAAUAAGCUGCUGCAUCCUCCACAAUUUUUGUAUCAAUGUUGAUUACGUAAUAAUUGAUGACAUUGAAUACGAAGAACGUUUUCAAGAAGGUGCUAGAGGAGAAACUGAAUGGCAGCAGCGAAAAAAAGGCGAAGACAAGCGCAAUAAUAUAAAAAUGAGUUUAAUAUAG